UGCACGUGAGUGAGUAAGAUUCCAUUUAUUUCGCAAUAUCUGAACAAGACGGACCAGCUCUGUUGGACUUAUCGUGGACAACUUUGUGACAGGAUACUUGUUUGUUAUAUAUAGUUCUUCUUGAGUUGCAGUAAAAAUGUGGUUGGAUAUCAAGAAAAUGCUGGUGGAAUUUAUUCCAAUUCUGAUGUUAUCGAUGGUGCUGGUUGACGCUUCAAAUGCUAAUGAAGUCAAACCUACCAAAUGCAAACCGGGACAAUUUUUCAAAUUAUCCGCCAAAGGAGGAAAGUGUACGAAAUGUUCAGAUUGUCCGCCAAAUCAUAUGAUUGUUCAGCCUUGCGGUGGAUUAAAAGAUAGUCGAUGUGAGGCAUUCUUGAUUUCUACGUUUAAUGUUGGCCCAUCUGGAGAUGAUAGAAAGACAUUGCAAGAGAUAGAUGACGAGAUGAGUGGGGAGAUUCGAUGUCGAAAUCAAAAAAGAGAAAACGUGGUAAACCUUGUGACAUCCGCUGUGUUUUGGAAGGAGAUGUCAUUCGCCCUCAUAGGUGUCAUUGGUGUCCUUAUUUGUGUCAUCAUCUUCCUGGCCGUCCAAUAUGCCAGAUCCUGCAAACACUCACCAGGCUACAAGACCAUUGACUUGUUAGCCAGACGUUCACGCGUCUUCUCAAGGGAUCGCUGCAGCAUGACCGAACACCAACGCCACCUAUCAGCUCUAGAGUCACUAGAAGCACAACUCAGUCGCGGUGACGCAAGGGUGCUUAUCGGUGCAGACGGUCAUCAAUAUAUCGACGAGGUUUUCAGUCGUGACACUCCUGGGGUGGCCCCUUCAUCCAGCAGUGGACCAGGUUGCGCACAAUCACUUCAGCCACCGAUAUUUGUGCCAAAUCUAUCGGCGAAUAAACCCACGACAGUUUCAUGGACACCUAAUGGUAUGAUCGUCAUGGAUUCACAGUAUUCCAAGUGUCCAAAGAGAGGAAAUCGUGUGUGAUGAUGUUCUUUGUAAUAAUAUAUUUUGGCGGCAAUUAUGCAAUUAUUCUUCCAUGACCUGUGUUGUAUGUUGGCUUGACUGUGAUGGUGAUAAUUUGAUUGUGUCUUGAGAAAAUGGGAAGUUUUCUCACGUCUGUUCAUCAGACAGAAGUGGGUUUUUGUAAAUACUGUAAUCUGCUGACAAGAACUGAUGGUAUUUCCAUUGAUUGUCUGCAUGUUGUUGCUCCAGGUUGGACUAGUGACUGUAACAUCAUAAGUAUUUUAAGAGAAUUUGACAAAAAGUUUCAUAAAAAGUUUUUGCACUGGCAUUUUUUGCUAUGAUGGGUGCAUGGUGAACUUUACUUUAUGCUUGAAAUAUGGUGGCCCGGAACCUUGGAAAUUUGCAAGGGGAGAUUCUGUAUUUUUUUUGUGAGAGUCACAUGAGCACAGAAUCGUUUUAGUUUUGUGCAUUAUAGUUUUAAAACAUGCGCUGGAGGACAUUAGACUUUGCUUUAAUUGUAAAACAAGUUAUUACCUCAUUAGAUGUAUCAUUUUAGGAGAAUAUUUGACUUGUUUGAAUAUUUGAAUAUUUGACUUAUUUGAAUAAUCAGAAUUGCUGACAAUAUUACUUGUAGAGUGGACCAGACUUUGUCAAAGUCGAUGUCAUUGAUGUCCAUAACUUUCCACAGAACUUGGUAGUCCAAAAGUGUGUGUCAAACAUUUGGCCGAUUCUUUGUAUGUUAUGCAUUGCUACUAGUACUAGAGCUUUUAUAACCAAAAUGGCUGUUGUGGUUCAGAGGAGAGGCACAGGAGGCCCUUCUCAGUUUUGUAUAGUUAAUUUUGUAAUUAUUACUCUAUAAUUUAUAACUAGAUUUUAGGUUUUUAAUAACUUGAAGAAAGUGCAGUUUUCUUGAAAGUAAAAUGUGCUUAUCGAUUUUGUUGCAAAGGCAAGUUCAUAAAUUCAGUUUUGUCGAUACCUUUUGAAGAGCAAGAGGGGUUGUGAUGCAGGAAAAGAUACCCUAGUUGACAAGAUGACAUAAACGUCUAUUGAAAGCUGCAUGCUAGGGUGUGAUGAGAAGCCUUGAUCUGUAGAGGAACUUGUGUUACGGAAAGGAAGUUGCACAAUUAACCAAGCAGCGCUGAUGCAUUUUCACGGUCUAAUAUCAUCAAUGACGAUUACACAAUGGCGGUCCACGCCUCACACCUCCUUCAAAAGAAAAUGAAUCAAAUCUGCCUUUGGUUGUCAUCUUGUGGUCAGGCUAGUUUCAAUGACGAGGUAUUCAUAGCCACGUUUAAGUUGUAGUGGUCUAAUGACCGAGCAGACUAAGCGGAAGUCUCACUCUGAGGGUUUCUGGACCACAAAGGAUGCAGGAAUCGUCCAGAGUAUUUUUGGUGUGAAUUUGAUAAGAUUAAUGCUGAAUUCACCGCAUUGUGGCAAGCUCAUUGUUAAUGCGAUGGUCAAGUUUGAGAAUUUGAGUUGUGGGUUUAUUUUUGGAUGCAGAGCCCAUGGGUCUUUAGAGGAAAUUAUGAAUAUUCUGUAUCGGAUAUGUUAUUCUUGUGCCUGGUCUUUCAGGGAAGUUAUGCAAUGAGUUACAGGUUUAUUCUUAAAGCUGAGGGUAGUUGAGAACCCCACUGAUUGCAGUUUUCAUUACCAACCAUUGAGUAGUUUAAUAAAAAGGCAAAGGUGUGACUUGAGAAUGUUUUUAUUUUGAAAACAUUAAAACCGUUGGUUAUAUUGUGACCCGCAGGACCCACCUCUCUAGUAAAGGGAUGUGGUGACAGUAGCCAAAACAGACGCUAAACAGAUGUCAAAUUGACGGACAACGACUAUGGUUGAGAAAAGAAUUGAAGUAAUGAGUGUAUUCAUACACUAGACGAUUUUCCUGAACUCUUUUCUUUGCUGCAUUGUGAAAAAUCUAAUCUCUCUCAUCUUCUCAUCUCAACGUUCAUUUACUGAUUUCAAUUCUCAAAAAAACCUGCUCCUCUUGAGACUGGUCUCACCCUAUAAGCUUGAUGAAUUGUCACUGUGUAGAUCAGUACAUUUGUGCUUGAUGAAAAAGUUAACUUGCUGAGGUGAACCAGUCGUGGAUAUCAUUGUCGUGUGAUAGAAAACAUCACUGCUUGAAUUGCUAUUGAUAAACCACAAAAAUGGCCGAUUACAAACUUGGAUCAGGUUUUCAUGUUGUUUCUUUGCAAUCAAAACAUCAUAAACUGUUCAGGGUCUUGUGGGUCAAGGGGAGGAUGUUCUUUUUCAAGUGGCAUGGUUCUAUGGGCAAUUGUAGAAAUGCUCCAUCUUUCAAAAGUUGUCAAACUAGUUUGUUUGUGUCGGUAUCCUUCAUGACAAUCAUGUUUGUAUCAAUAGCGGCUGCAGCCUCAAGAGGAGUAUAACCAAUAUUUCUAACAAUAUGAAGUUCAUUUCUCAUUGUGAAAACUGGUCGUGGACACUAUAGCUCCUCCCCAAGUGAUGUGAGUUAGAUUCUGUUGCAGAAUAUACUGCAGCAACUUCACAAUGUUAUUUUCCCCUAAUACUGUAUUCUGGCUUAGAGUACCAGUACCUGAAGAGCCAUUGGUGUCCUCCUGGUCAAAAUGUAAAAGGUCGCAGCCAGAAAAUGGCUUCCUUAGUGCAUGGGCUGCUGUUAGUACCCCCAAACAACCCCAUCAAUGUGGGCAGCUGGCCCUUUGCCUGUUUAAUCAAGGGACACAUCGACUGAUGUUUGCUACUAUGUUAUCCUAUUGUACCAAGAUAUUUUUGUUACAAAAUGAGGAUUGUAUUCAGAGCCCUGAGUGUUUCUUCACGUCUAACUCUGAUCAGUUUUCACUCCAUUUACUUAUAUAUCGCUCCAACAAAGAUCCGACUUCUCAGCAAUUGUGUGUCGAAUCUUGCACCCCUUGUGCAGUGAUUUUCUUUUGUCGUCUCGUUACAUAACAUGAACGUUUCAUCAAUCGUGCUAAUGUGGUAACUGACGGUGUCACGGCUAAAUUUGUCAAGCUUUACCCAAUGGUUUAUUUUGGUAGCGUAUGAACGGUGUGGAGUAUUUCUGUCGCUUUCUCUUGGACCCCUGAGAAGACUAUUUGUCCCUUUCUGUGUGCCCCUGAGAGAGCACCAGGUGAAGUGAUCCAUGGCCCUUCAAGGGUUUGCAACAAUACCUUCUCGCACCUUUGAACUUCUCUGUGAAUAGAUUCCUUACAAACUCUCAGCUGGUUCAGGAGUUUUUGUCAUAUUCACAAUCGAUGUUCGGAUGUGUCACUCUAAUUUGGAAAAUGUGUACAUGAACUUCCAGACCUGUGGAGGGCUGUUUAGAGAUGGGAAUUAAACUCUUGCAGCUGAGAAAGCAACUGCAUCUGAGUGCUGAAUGUGUUUUGAGAAGUUAGUAGUUCUUCAAGGUUCACACUAAGCCCAUUUCAACCUUCCCUUUGGUAUUUUAUAAUUAUCAACAUGAUUUUCCUAACAUUGAAGGUCAUAUCCUUUGAUUUAUUAAAGAUCACAUCAUUAGUACGGUAAUCCUAAAAAAAUGUCCUGUGCUAAUACAACUAGUAUUAUGUAGUUGGGUGAUUAGUUUGUCCCUUGAGGAAGUGGUCAUAUUUUUCCUCUUGCCCUCUGAAUAUGUGAUAAUAAUGUCCCAUUAGAAUUGGGCCGAAUCUAUUCAAUGAGUAAGCUUGUUAAAACAUCACGCUUGAAUUGCUGCAUUCUCAGGGUACAAUGGAGCGUAUCACCUUCUACUACUCUUUCCGCAACCGCACUGCAACCUCACUAUAUUGGGAUUUGGAUAAAUAUAAUUCUGUCUGUGCAUAGAAUCGCUAUCCCUGAGGGGUUUAGCCACAACAUUUGUUUCAUGCCUUGUCCCGGUCUGGGCCCAUACCAACUUGAUAGUCUGUAUUUAUGACAACUAACUGUUGAGAUAAUGCACAAUAUAUCAUAGGAUGUGAUGUGUUAUAUAUAUUUUUUUACAAACUUUGUACUUUGUAAAGUAUGUUGGAUUUACCGUUCAGGGUAGGCCAUGUAUUGUUAAGAGCUUUUAUGACCUACUUGUAUUUUGAAACUCUCUUUGAACUGACUGCUGUAUUUAAUGUCAAGUGGGUGUAAAUUCAUUUGCAGAAACAUUUUGAUGUAUUUUAAUGCAAACUUGAAUAAAUAGCUGUGCAUCUAACUGGCCCAUUCGAAUUAAAGGUCCUUGAUGGUGUAAUAUUCUCGGUACUCGGAAGGGGGAAGAUUCUCUCGAGUUUUUGUUGU